AUGCGCGGUAUUUUCGUCGCAUUGUUUGCAUUGGCUACCGUCGCAUACGGCCACGGACAUCACGAUGAGAGUACAGAGGUAGAGACAGAUUGGGCAACGAGGCAUAUGCGAGAGGAACACCACAUUGACUCCUUCGACGCCGGCUCAUUCUUCGCUCUUCACGAUUACGACAAUUCAGGGGACUGGAGAGCCGACGAAAUCAUGAAAACAUACGGUCUCCUCGACUCAUCGAAUGCCCGUAUCACUCUUGAUCAAAAAGAGACGGUGGUCCGUGAAGUAUUGAAAUUAUUCAACCCCUCCGGCUCUGGAGCGGUUUCGCGCGACGAAUGGAUGAACCAAAGCCAGGUUGGCUUUAAACUGCCUGAUUUCGGAUAUGGUCCGGGUCACCAUGGCGAUAUUGAAUAUGAAUAUGAGAUUCACCAUUUUGAGAAGUUCCAUGGCGAAGACGCCAAGGAGGAGGAUUUGACGCAUCCGGAGGAUAUUGAGCAUUUCAGAUUGCAUGACGAGAUGGAGUUGGCGGAGAAGAGACUGCAGCAGCUGGAAAGCAUGCAGAUUGUUGAGGGGAAUAUUCCCAGGAAAUUUCUUCGGACUGCUUGA